AUGGAGAAGGAUUAUAAGACUGAGUCAUCGUCAUCUUCCUUGGCUCUUCAAAGUUCUUCUGAGACAUUGCUUUCUAUUCAGCUAUUAGAUUUCAAAACAAGUUUACUGGAAGCAUUGGAAGAAUUGCGUAUGAGAAGGGAAGCAGAAACUCAAUAUGAAGAGCAAAUUGGUAAAGUUAUUGUGGAGAUACAAGACCUUAAGUGGCAAAAGGAAACUCUUCAGAAUCAAAAGGAAACAUUAGACAAGCAACACAAAGAAGCAAUGACAGUUUUUAAAAAGCAGUUACAAAUGAAGAUGUGUUCCUUAGAAGAAGAAAAGGGGAAAUAUCAGCUUGCUACAGAAAUAAAAGAGAAAGAAAUAGAAGGAUUGAAAGAAACAUUAAAAGCAUUACAGGUUUCUAAAUAUUCUUUACAGAAGAAAGUGAGUGAAAUGGAACAAAAGGUUCAGUUACAUCUUCUGGCUAAAGAAGAUCAUCACAAGCAAUUGAGUGAAAUUGAGAAAUACUAUGCCACGAUAACAGGCCAAUUUGGAUUGGUCAAAGAGAAUCAUGGAAAGUUAGAACGAAAUGUACAAGAAGCAAUACAGAUAAACAAAAGAUUGGCUGCUUUAAAUAAAAAUCAAGAAUCUGAAAUAUGCAGUUUAAAGAAGGAACUAAAAAAAGUAUCUUCAGACUUGAUAAAGUCCAAGGUCACAUGUCAGUAUAAGAUGGGAGAAGAAAACAUCAACGUAACAAUUAAAGAACAGAAAAUUCAAGAACUUCAAGAACAACUCAGUAUGGAAUUGGAAUUAAAUAAGAAUAUUAAUGAAGAGAUUGCCCAUAUUCAAGAAGAAAAGCAGAAUGUCAUCAUUUCUUUUCAACAUAUGCAGCAGUUACUUCAGCAACAGACUCAAGCUAAUACUGAAAUGAAGGCAGAAUUGAAGGUGCUAAAAGAAAAUAAUCAGAUCCUUGAAAGAGAUAAUGAGCUGCAAAGGGAGAAGGUAAAAGAAAAUGAAGAAAAGUUCCUUAAUCUUCAAAAUGAGCAUGAGAAAGCACUAGGAACUUGGAAAAAACAUGUUGAAGAACUUAAUGGAAAAAUUAAUGAAAUUAAAAAUGAAUUCUCAUCACUUAAAGAAACUCAUAUUAAGUUACAAGAACAGUAUAACAAAAUAUGUGAUCAGCAAAUGUUUGAGGAAGACAAGAACUUACAGAAUGUUCCACAAGUAAAUAAUGAAAACAGUGAAGUGUCAGCUAAAAAAGCAGAAGACACCAUCCUACAAAAAUCUAAUUCUGGGCAAGAAAUAAGAGAAGAAAAUAGCAUGAGUCUUUGUUCAGAAACUGAAUGCAGAGAAAGGGAAGAAAAGAAAGAAUGCCCACCUAUAGGAGAAAUUAUUGUGCAAGAUUUACUACUUCUUGAAAAAUACUGCAAGAAUGAAAUUGGUAGUGAUGUACCUCAGGAUGAAAAUCAAAAUGAAAUCUCUCUAAGCAAAACAGUCUGCAUAGAUAAAGAAUUAAUUAGUCAAGGGCAAACCUUGAAUGUUACAGACCUUAGGAAGUCAGUUACUACAGAAAUUAUAGACAAGGUGUGCUUGGAAAAAAACAAUGGAUAUACAGAAUUGAAAUCACAAAACAGCCUUUUCUUAGUGGCUGAUAUAGCAAUAGAAACCAAAAUGAUUCAUGUAGAAAGUACGGAAGGAUUAGAUCAUCACCAUCCAGAUUUACAUCUGGAGGUUGAAAACAACAGAAAACCAUUUGACAAUAUUUUAAAUGAGUUGGAACACAAUAUAACUCAUAAUAAAUAUGUUUCUGAAAAUGAACCAUUCAAACAGCAAUUUAGAUUGCUUCCAGACACUCAAGAAAACUCUAAAGAGAGGGAAAUUAUAAAUACUGACCAAAAAGCAGAUUCAUUUCAAGAUAUAAAAGAGUAUCCUGUUCAGUGUGAGAAAUGUAGUUUACAGGAUUCAAGAAGCAUUAUGUCAUUAGAUAAACAAUGUAAAAUGAAACAAAUACAACUCUUAAGUAAAAAAAGUGAAUACAGCAUAUUGCCACUUAAACAAACUUCAGAUUUUCAGCAAGUCUGUAAUGAUACUUCACAACAAGAUGAACUGAAUAUUCCCUGUGACAUAGCAAACAAUUACCUGAUGUCAUCUGUUGUUUUCAGUGAUAAUUUGAAACUUCUUGAAAAUUCAGAUAAAAAUGUUAAUAUUGUGCCUAUGUUGGUAAAACCCAAGUCAAGUCCUAGACAAAGAACUCAUUGGAAAAAUUUGAAUGAAAUGCAGAGCAGUCAAUUUAAGGACUGUAUAGGAUAUGUAGAGAACAAUAACAUGAGUAUUCCUCAUUUUCAGACUAAUGGUGAAAAUAUACAUUCUCCACAGGCCAAAGAUAUGAAAACUGCUGUUCAAAGGAAAACUACAGCAAUGCAGUUUUCCAGUAAGAAUCAGACUGAUGAGGAUCAGAUAACAGAAGACACAAAAAUGAAUGCUAAUGAAAGACAGCACUUAUUGUUAAAUAAUACAGAAAAAACAGAGUCAUUAAACAACACUGAUUCAGAAAAAAUUUACAUUGAAGGACAGCAGGAAGACUCAUGUUCAUUUCACAUAAAGUCAUGCAGAGAUUUAGUAAAUAGAGGUGGAAGGUCAGCCUUUGAUCUUUCAACUUCAGAUAAAAAAACUGAGAAAACUCCAGUAUACUUGAAAUUUUUAGAUCCUGGUACUUGGUCAAAAGUAAAUCCAAUGGCAAGUAAAAUAGUGAGCACUUCAGCUUGUAGCAUUCUUUCAUUGCCAAAGGAAAGACCAGUUGGUCCAUCUGAAAACAAAAAGGUGGUUUCAGUGACACUUGGUAAAAACAUUGGUGUGGAUGAAGUUAGGAAGCAUGUUGAACCAGAUACUACCAGAAUUAACAGAGUUGCUGACACUUUGAAUAACUCAAGUAUCCACUCAGAUCCCAAGGGAGAGCCCAAUGAAGAGAGGAAUGCAAUUGCAAAGACUUUUUAUGGUUCUUCUUUUCCCACAGAACACGUAAAAACAAAGCCUCUGAGAUCAACUCUGCUACAAAGUCCUUUUCAGUCAAUCAAGAUGAAAGAUACUACUGGUUUGGCUGCCUCUUCCACUGAUGAAGAUGAAUGGCAAAACCUCUUAACAAAUCAAAUAAAUGAAAUUGAAAAGUUCCUAAAUUCAGAAAGUGACAACCAACCUAGAAAAAGAAAAGCAGAUGAAAUAUAGGAAGAAACAUGA